CGGGCACACACACACCAUUCUGUUUUUGUGCAAAGACAGAGUUGGUUUGAGUUAGUAGUUGGUGAAACUUGGUGAAACUUCAGUGAAAGAUAUGGCUUCAAAGAACUUCCAUCUAUUCAAGAUGACCGCUGAUACUGUCAAUAAUACAAGGAAUCCUGGUGUCUACAGCAAUGAGUCCAGGAUCCAAGAAGUACAGCAAGAUCGGAUGGAGACUUUGGUCCGUCAAAUAGAGACGCUGUGUGCUGCAGACAGGAGGCGCAUUGACGCCGUGCUGGAGAGACUGGGACGCUCUGCCCAGCAGGACCCCCUCCCUGCACCUCAGCCCCCAGUGGGUCCCAGAGAAAGGCCUGUUUCAUCUGUCGCAAGACGGAGGAUCAGGGCUCUUCCAAAUCUACCUCCUCGUUACGAAGGGCCCAGCAACGGCUGGACAUCCACAACCCAAAGACACCAGACUCAUCAGGAUGAGACAGAGGAUGUGGAUACUCACACUCCCAGUGAUCUGAGAAGCAUCCCACUGAUUACAACUCCUGUUGAGGUGUCACCUCCUCAUACACCUGUUGCUCCUCCUCCUCCAGCAGCUCCCAGACCCAGGAGAAGAGUCCCUGGUCUGCCUGUGAUGUGGAUGCACCACAGUGAAGAAAAAAAAGUAAUUGGUGGAUACAGACUCCAGACAGCUAAAGGUCAGGUGGAGGAAAUCCAGAAAGGACUGGAGAAGCUUGGGAAAAACUCAGUCGUCAAUAUACCUCGACCUCCAGUUGGACCUAAACCAAAAAGGAAUGGUGCAGUGACAACUGUCACUCCAGCUCCUCCCCCAAGGCCUGUCCCACCCAAAAACACAGAAACUCGCUGUGGGACUAUACAGAAGCCUGCAAAGACUGUCAAAGCAGGCAAGAAGAGAGACGACACGCUCAACCUGCAGACAGCUGACAGGACACUUGCACAGCUGCAGCCGCUGUCUAAGCCAGAAGAAGCUCUGUCUAGCUGUUUCAACCUGCUCAGCUCAAAAGACUGGGAGAAGAAGAUAGAUGGCCUGAAAAUUGUCCAAGCUCUGGCGCAGAACCAUCCAGACAUACUGAUGGUCAAACUUCAUGAAGUGUGUCUGGCUGUGAUAGAGGAGGUUAAAAACCUACGCUCGGCGGUGACCUGCGCAGCGAUGGACACCAUGGCUUAUCUGUACGUCUACUUGGGGGAGGAUAUGGACACUCAGGUGGAGAGGACAGGCCGCGCUCUGCUGCUGAGGAUCGCACAAGCAAAUGCAAACGUCUUCCUGCAGCAGCAGGCCAGCAAGGCCCUGGAGGCCCUGGUGGAGAACUGCAACCCAGGCCGAAUACUGACCACUCUGCUGAAUACAGGAUUGAGCCACCUGUUCGCCGCAGUGAGGGCCAGCACAGCUCACCUCCUCCACCUGCUGGUUAACAGACUGGGAGUGGAUGCUGUCUUGGGAGCAGGAAAGAACUUCACCCAGCGCUUCCUUAUCGCUGUCAGUAAGAUGUCUAUGGACAGUUCUGCUGAAGUUAGGCCUCAUGGACAUGCCAUCCUCCAGGCACUGUCCCUUCACAGGGACUUUAGCGAUCUGUGGAGGAACAUCAUUUCCGACAAAGAUCGACGCCCACUGGAGAGGAUCCUGAGGACAGCACAGAGGGUGUAGAAGAAAGAAGAAAAUGAACAGUAAAGCCGAGUCGGACAUCCAUUAUCUAUAUUAGAAUAAGCUGGAAUGGAUAAUAGAUGAAAUAUUGCUGUUCUUAAUGAAAUAUUCAAGAUUUCAUGUUUUGAAUAUGAAUAUGCUGUGGUUAGCUGUCACAUAACCACAGUGAAACAUGUGAAAGGUGGCAAAAACAGAAAAUAAAAUUUUAAAUGCAGAAAUGUGCAGAAAUUACAGUUUACAAUUACAAUUACAAUUUAAGUGAUAAUUUCUGUCAGAGUAGCUAAUCUAAUCAAGUUUCCACAGCAGGUGAAUGUACCCAGAAAUCUAUGCAGCACUUCAAGAUAUCUGAUAUAUCUGUAUAUAUUCAUGGCCUUUGUUGUUGACAAAAACCUUUAUAAAUAACUGAUUAAAAGCUUUGUAACAUUUGACUGCAGACUCACCUUUUCAGUCAGAAUCAGAAUGAAAAUGAGAAUGCUUUAUUGAUCCCCACAGGGGAAAUUGGGUUUGUAAUAGCUGCUCCAAGAUAA